CAGUUAAUUUCUUUUUUGCAUCUAAUCAAUAACAAAUGGUCCACGAGCACAGUGGAAGAAAAUUUUACGGAGUUUACAAAAAGUUUCAUUCAGAUUUAGCAGCAAAACAAGAACAAGCACGAAAGGAAGAACAAGCAGAAAAGGAACGAAUACAGGCUGAACAAAGAGCAUUAAGAGCAGCUUUGAGAGGAGCAAUAAGUAUUCAAGAGACUAUGAGAUCAAAUAAGAAAAUGGAUCAAGAGGAGGAUCAUGAAUUUGAAGAGAGGAAUGAGGAAGAUCAAGGUGGUAUUGGAGAGUUUGAUGGUUAUGAUGAAGAAGAAGAUGGGUUUGGAAGUCAUAUGAAUGAGGAUGAGAAUGGUGGUCAGGGUGAUUAAUUUGUUGAUGAUCUGGAAAUGAUGAUGAUUGAUCGAGUGCAACUGAGAACCUGAUUGACAGAACUAAUGGUAAGUUAUUAUUCCCACUAAAGAUAUUCAUAAUUUCUUGUUACCCAUGUAGUGAGAAUAUUCCCUAGAUGGAAGAGGCUGCCAGAGGCGCCAUGGGUCAGACCAAUAAAUAUCUUGAAUAUUAUUGGAUCCAUAACUGAUAUGAUGUUACCCAAAAUGGGACAAUUUGUUUGAAAAACAGUCACAAAUGUGGGAAAGCAGAAAGCAAAAUCCAAUACGAGAUACGCUAUGUUGGAAGAACUAGCUAAAGCUGUGGAGAAUAGUU